AUGUAAAUAGAAACACAAUGUAAAAACAAAACAAUGAUUUUUACGUUUUUUAGUGCAUUUUCUUAUAAUAAUUUUAUAAAAAUGGCCUCGAAUACAAAGUUUAUGAUGUUAAGUCUUUUAAAUUUAUAUUUAACUUAUAGAGAAGUAAAAAAUGGUAAAGUUGUACCCCGGAAUAGAAGAAAUUUAAGGAGACGAAUCAAAGCUGAAAUAGAGCAGAGUAAAUAUAAACAAACAAAUAGCACCAUUUCAUCAUUUCCAACAAACACAACACAAUUACCAAAUCAACAGGAUCAACUUAGACCUGUACAAACCAAUAAACCAAAUCUAAAAAGAACUCUUAACAAUGCAAGACCUGUUAAAGCAAGAAGAAGAAUUAAAAAAGACGAGGAUAAUGCUAAAACAGAGAAAAAACCACGCAUCAGAAGAUGGGCCAUACGUCCAACAAACCGUUAUCGUGUUAUAGAUAACUAUCACCGAAAAGUGUUUGGAAAUAUUAAAUCAAUGAGUCAAGAACAAUUUUUUGUGCAUACUAGAAUGACCAAACCUAUGUUCGAUUGGUUGUUAUCAAUUGCAAAAAGUUCUUUAAUUAAGAAAGCUCAAAGAGUUUUUGCACAAGAAAGACUGGCAAUUACAUUAAAUUAUUUAGCUUAUGGAACUUCUUUACAAUCGCUUGCUUACAAACAUAAAUUGGGUAAAUCAACUAUACGAGAAGUUGUUUUGAGUACAUGCACUGUUUUGUGGAACUUACUAUCGCCGAUAUAUCUUUGUGAACCCACAACUUCUCAGUAUGCUGACAUUGCUGAUGAAUUUAAUAGCAAAUGGCAUAUGCCCAAUUGUGUGGGUGCUAUCGAUGGCAAACAUGUUUCCCAUCGUCAUCGCAUAAUGAAGAAAGAUACACAUAAUAUAAACAUGUUGAUAAUUGGAGCAUGUGAUGCAAAGUAUAAAUUUACCGCUGUUAGUGUUGAAAGUUUCAAUAAUCAGAGUGAAGAAGAACUAUUAAAAUUAUCACCCUUCGGCAAUGCGUUAUUAUCUGGGAAUUUGUCAUUACCUGCAAGUAAACCAUUAUAUCCUUCAUCUGCUGCCUUCCCUCAUUACUUUAUUACCCAUUCAUUAUUAUCGUUAAGAAAACAUAUUAUGCGUCCCUAUAAAGGAACCUGCUUAAAAGCAGAAAACCAUAUUUUCAACCAUAAAAUAACAAAUGCUUAUUCUGCUAUUGAAAAUACCUUUGGAGUAUUAACAGCCCGUUGGCGUGUACUUUCAACUACAAUUGAAUUUUUACAAGAAAAUUGUAAAACUAUUAUAUUGGCAUGCAUUGUACUACAUAAUUAUAUAAUGACCAAUGAUGAAGAUCAACUGUAUUGUCCAGAAAAUUUUGUAGAUCGAGUAGAGGAUGAUGGUACUGUAGUACUGGGCGAAUGGCGCAAAGAAUUAAAAUAUAAUGGUGAUAAACCAUUACGAUCUGUGGUGUUCAAUACGCGCAGCAGACCUUCUUAUGAGGCUAUAAAUUUAAGAGAUAUUUUAGCGAAUUACAUUGCAAAUGAGACAGUACAUUAUGAAAUUGAAAUAUUAUAAGUUAUUAUAGUAGACUUGUGUAAUAUUUGUGAAAGUUCAGUCUACUAAAUGAAAAAUAAAGUUAAAAAUAAUAAAAAGAUAACUAAAACAUA